AGAUCAUUUGUUGCUCCGUCGGUCCGACUGCUUCUUCCGUCAAUGGAAGGAGCGAAGAAAACAGUCCACCUGCAAUGACGGCCGUCACAUCCACCCAGACCGUCACCCCUACAGUGGUCUAGAGCCAGAUGGUUUCCCCAGAGCCCAUUGUGCCAUUGCUGUUCCGUCAACUCUCUGUGGCGCUCCGUCUGUUGUUACCACCACCAAUCCGUCAACCAUCCCCACCUUGAUUCCGAGCCUCGCUGGUCCGAGGCUGCAGUGCCAUGUCCAGGUGGGGGGAGGGAGGCACACAUUCUCCAUGCUCCAUACUCGCAUACUCCGCUCUUGCGGCCACUGCCGUCUCUUGUGUACAGCUUAGUUGAGACAGUCUUCAAACAAGUUUAGUCCGAUUUGCUUGCGUCCCCACGGCUCCGGUUUCCGCCUCUCCCUCGGCACUCACCCGUUGUUAGCCGCUUCGUCACGGUGGUUAGAAUAUUCACAAGCGUUCUCGAGACGAAAGACGCUGACGGUCGGAUUUCCGUUUCGCCUGAUGGCCUCCUCGACCAGCCUCUGCUGCCGAAGCGCUCUAUUUCCUGGGUCCGUAGUAGGUCGGACUGAUUCCGUUCCGUUGACGGAAUCCGUUACAUCACGGCCAUUUCCGAGCCUUUCGUGCGAGGGUCUGCGAAGUUCGCUGCACGGCACAUUCCCAUCCGUCAAGGCUGCUCCGAUCGAGAGACAGAAAACUACCAAGGCACGCGCAGCGAACGCACGAGCAGCGGCGGCCAUAGCCGCGGGAGGAGGCGAGACGGGCUCGAGUGUGGAGUUGGAGCAGAUCAGCAGUGAGGGGAAGCAACCCGUGCGGCCAGUUGUCAUUCUUCCGGGAUUGGGCAACAACUCGGCGGAUUACGCCGAGCUCGUGGCGCUGCUGGAGACGCAGGGCGUGGCGGUGGAGGUGGCCCGCGUGGCGCGACCUGAUUGGCUGCGGAACGCCGCGGGGCUCCUGCAAGCGGACUACUGGAAGGGAACUCUCAAGCCUCGCCCGAUCCUGGACUGGUACUUGGAACGGGUGGCAGCAGCUGUGGCGGCAGCCAAGAAGAGAGUCCCAGGCUGCUCCCAGGUGUCGCUGGUAGCGCACUCUGCAGGGGGUUGGCUGGCCCGCCUCUAUCUCGCUGAGUAUGGCCAUGCUGACGUGGCACUGCUGCUCUCACUCGGCUCACCGCACCUUCCCCCGCCCCCAGGGGCGCAGGGGGUCGUGGAUCAGACCAGGGGGCUCCUAACGCACAUGCAGGCCGUCUCGCCAGGUGCCUUCCACGCACCCCACGUCAAAUACGUCUGCGUCUCGGGCAGGUACAUCAAGGGUCUUCCCCUCUUUGGUGGCCCUUCUGCAGCCCCUGCAGCAGCAGCCCCUGCUUCCCUCGCCUCAGUCGCCUCAGCAGCAGCGGGGGGAGAGGCACGUGUGUUUGCUCUGGAUGUGGAGCCAGUGGGGGUUGCAGCGAAUGUGAUUAUAUCCGAUUUGGAAUCAGGCACCGAGAGUGAGGACGGCAGCAGCAGUGCGUCAGAUAGUGCUGCUGGGCAGAAGGUGUCAUCUGGUGGAGGUGUGUUCCAGGCACGGAUGGUGGGGCAGGGCUACAAGCAGGUCUGUGGGCAAGCUGAAGUGUGGGGGGAUGGAGUCGUGCCGGAGGAUGCUGCCCUGCUUGAGGGAGCAGAGAAUCUAAUAUUGGAUGGCGUGUAUCACUCGCCUGUCGGGGCAAGUGAGGCCAGGCCUUGGUAUGGCUCGCCAUCCAUUCUUCCCAAGUGGCAGCACCACUUAUUAGUUUGAGCUGGAAUACACUUCAUGGAACUGAAAAGCCAAUUUGACUUGGAACAUCAUUGACAAUGAAAUGUUUGAAGAUCUUGUGAGUGAUAUUAAUGGUAAAAGAAAUAACUUCGUGCAAC